CUUCCCUAGAUCCCUCCCUCACCAUUGAAAUACCUCCCGAGUUCCUCCUGCAGACAUUUCAUCGCACCACCACUGUUCGUCGGGUUGAUUGAUUAUCAUGAGGGCCCAGCUCGCUCUAGCCCUUCUGCUCUUCCUCGUUGUUGCCUCAGCCAGCCCCCUAGCAUCGGCCCAUGGUGAUCUUGACUAUGGCGGUGGAGUGAAGAAAUCUGAAGCUACCGGCGGAUACACCGCCGGUAUUGAGAAGAAACCCGAAGCUGUCUCGGCCAGUGCUGAGAAUAAACCCGAAGCCAUCUCCGCUGGUGUGGAGAAGAAACCAGAUGCCGUCUCCGGAACAGACGUCUCCUCCAGCGCGGAGACGAAACCCGAAGUCGUCGCUGGCUAUGAUGGUGGUAAGAAGAAACCUGACGUCGCCCCCAACAAUGUUGACGCAGAGAAGAAACCAGUAAGUGCCUCUGGCUAUACUGGCAAGGAGAAGAAACCCGAAGGUGGCACCAAGGCUGCUGAGGAGAAGAAAUCUAAAGUUGCCUCCGAGAAGAAAUCCAAAAGAAAGAGUGAGCCCUCCCAGCCUUCCACCAUCGAGAAGAAACCCAAAAGUAAAAAUGAGAAGAAGUCCAAAGGAAAGAAUGACGCCUCUGGAUACACUGGUGCGGAGAAGAAACCAAAAGAAAAAGUAGAUACACCCAAGAAGGAGAAGCCAAAGAAGGAACCGAAGAAGGAGGAGCCGAAGAAGGAGGAGACCGCGGCGACCGUCACAUCCGAUAGUUACACUGCACCGAAGAAUGCUCAGCCGGAGACGCCGGCAGCUAGCACUGCUGACGCUUAUGCUGCGCCAAAGACUGCUCAGCCGGAGAUGGCGGCGACUAGCACAACCGGCGGUUACGCCUAGCCGAAGAAUGCCUAGCCAAACACACCAGAAGAUUGGCCAUUUCCCCUACCACAUAUGUAUGUCCAGAGCCUCACCUAGCUUCCGAGUGACCAACCAAAAUAACUUCCCCUCUCAGCUCACUUGAGGAGGGACUAUGACUAGAUCCGGUCCACGGUUAUUUUUUAUACCCCAAUUUUCAUUGCGUGAGUGCUUAUCCUUAAUGUACCACUUAUAUAACUCCAUCUGUAGUAUUAUUCUAGUUCUGUAAGGAAAACAUGUACCCAUGAGGUAACUAAACGGGUGUGUUAUCACUUUGUAUUCUAGAAUGAAAACUCAUGUACCGUGCAUGUAACACUCGAUUUGGUAAAUUCAGCUUUCGUGAAUA